GACGAGCCGAGUUAGCUUGCUCGAUGUUCCUGCGUCUUUUUGGAGAAGACUAAUCCUCAAAUGUGUUCAGAGUUGAUUUAUCACUUCCAUCGUUGACUCUCGGAUGUUUGUAAAAUGUCCGGGUUUCAGGGUCUUCCAGAUGUCCACCAGCUGAAGGGGAUAAAAGAGGAGGUGUUCCCAGAGCAACACGAGAGGAGCUCUAGUCUAAACCAGGAGGAGCCACCAGAACCAGCACACAUUAAAGCAGAACAAGAAGAACUUUGGAUCAGUCAGGAGAGAGAGCAGCUUCAAGGAGCAAAGGAGGCUGAUAUCAACAGGUUCACAUUCACUCCUAUCCCUGUGAAAAAUGAAGAAGAUGGAGAGAAACCUCAAUCUUCACAUUUUAAUGAAAACCAAAAGGAGGAGAAAAGAGACACAGAGUAUUUAAAAAAAGAAGCUGAUGGAGAGGAAUGUGGAGGAUCAGAAGCAGACAGAGAUUUUGAUCCGGACAUUGAGGAGACCUCACAACUUUCUGGAUCUGACACUGAUGACAGUGCUGAUUGGGAGGAGAGUGAUGAACCUCAGGAAGGUUUAAACCCUCUGCAAAACAAAGACAUAGCUGUAAGUGAAAAGAAAUGUAACCUUGGAGAAAAAUCAGUUAGCUCCACUGAAUGUGCUCCAAACUUUGGACAGAAGCAACCACAGCAGGAAAACAAAGAAACCCAAACAAGAAAGAAACCAUUUAUUUGCACAGUUUGUAAGAAAAGCUUUGUAUUGAGACACAUGUUAGUGACACACACAAGAGUCCACACAGGAGAGAAACCAUUCAGCUGUUCAGUUUGUGGUAAAAGUUUUUCCCAACAAGGAAAUCUGAAAACGCACUUGACUGUCCACACAGGGGCCAAACUAUUUAGUUGCUUUGUUUGUCAUAAGACCUUUUCUCAGCGUGGAAGUCUGAAGAAACAUUUAACUGUCCACACAGAGGAAAAACAAUUUAAGUGUUCCCUUUGUCAUAAAAGCUUUACUAACCAAAUGUAUCUGAGGAAACACCUGUAUAUCCAUACAGGGGAGAAACCUUUUAGCUGUUCAGUUUGUGGUAAAACUUUUUCCCAACAAGGAAAUCUGAAGCAACAUAUGACUGUCCACACAGAGGAAAAACCUUUCAGUUGUUCAGUUUGCCAUAAAAGAUUUUCCCAGCAAGGAAAUCUGAAAAAGCACUUGACUGUCCACAUGGAAGAAAAGCCAUUUAGCUGUUCAGUUUGUCAUAAAAACUUUUCUCACCAGAUAUAUCUGAAGCAACAUUUGAACAUUCACACAGGGGAGAAACCAUUUAGUUGUUCUGUUUGUGGUAAAAGAUUUGCAAGAAGUGAUGGAGCCAGGUGGCACUCUUUAACCCACAAAAAGGAGAAAGAGUUUAGCUGUUCUAUUUGUCAGAAAGGAUUUUCUCACCAUGUAAGUCUGAAGAAACACUUGACUAUCCAUACAGGGGAGAAACCGUUUAGCUGUUCUGUAUGUCAUAAAAGAUUCCCUGACAAAGCACAUCUAAAGCAACACAUGACUGUCCACACAGGGGAGAAACCAUUUAGCUGUUCAUUUUGUCAUCAAAGAUUUACUUGGCAAGGAAAUCUGACGCAACACCUGGCUGUCCACUCAGGAGAGAAACCAUUUAGUUGUGCUGUUUGUGGUAAGGGAUUCAGAAGAAGUCGAGAUGUAAAGAGACACUCCAUCGUACACAGCGAGGAGAAACCAUUCAAGUGCUCACUGUGUGAUAAAGCAUUUUUGAGGAAGAUUACCUUAGAUGAACACGUGCUUCGCCAUUCUUUAGAAAAACCUUUCAGCUGUUCAGUUUGUGAGAAAGGUUUCAUAAAGAGAGUAGAAUUGAAAGCGCACAUGAUGACACAUACAGGAGAGAAACCAUUUAGUUGCUCCAUUUGUGGUAAAAAAUACAGAAACAUUGCAGAUGCAAGAAGACACUCUUUGAUCCACACAAGGGAAAACAAUUCAGAUGCAGCAUUUGUGAUAAAAGAUACCAAAAGGUAGAUCAUUUCAAAAAUCACAAGUUUGAUGGCAAGAGCUGUGGAAAUCCAAACCCCGUCCAGUUAGGAGGAAGUGACAUAAUGAUUACAGUUAUGUUUUUUAUUCUUGUAUUUUUCAUCGGUGUUUCCACCUCGUGUCUUAUGCUGUAAUUGUGCUACAUGUGGCUUAGUGAUAAGCUCAUGAUGUAUUCAUUUGGAUCUUUGUAAAUAGUAUAACCAAAACUAUGGCCUUGACCUGCUCUUUCUGCGACGUGUCUUGAGAUAAUCUUUGUUAUGAAACUGUACUAUACAAAGAAACAAGGUUCCCUUCACAUUACCCCAAUCCCCUAGCUGAGUGGUUCUCAACCUUGAGAUUGCGAGACAAUGAGAGAGGGUCUCCAGAUGCCCUGAAAUGAAACUGAGAAUAUUUUCAAAUUAUACUGUUGCCACUUUCCACCAAUUUUGCCAAAU